CUCACAUGCACCCUUAUAUAAAUCCUCUUUUAAUAUCUCCACUCCAAUCAUUACACCUUUCCCAUAAAUAUCUCCCCUGCUUCCACCACCCCAAUUCCACACAAACCCCUGUUUGCUCUGUUUGCUUCAAACUUAUGGCGAUUACAGAGCACAGGGAUAUCGAGAAAGGCGACAACAAAGGGCUCGAAGACUUGAUCGAGCCGCUUGUUGAUGGGAAACCCGAUUCGAAAAAUGUGGAUGAUUGUGAAGAAGAGAUUGAACAACAGAGUGGUUCAAUUGUGAUGGUGGUUUUAAGCACUGCUGUUGCGGUUUGCGGGUCUUUGGAGUUUGGAUCUUGUGUGGGAUAUUCGGCUCCGGUUCAGAAUGAUAUUAGUGUUGAUUUGAAUUUAUCUGUUGCAGAGUAUUCACUUUUUGGUUCGAUUGUAACUAUUGGUGCCAUGAUUGGUGCAGUCACGAGCGGUAGAAUUGCAGACACGAUUGGUCGAAAAGGGGCCAUGGCAUUAUCAGCUGUUUUCUGUAUAGCAGGAUGGCUUGCAAUCUUUUUUACCAUGGGAUCUCUUUUACUUGAUAUGGGUCGGUUCUUCACCGGAUAUGGCAUAGGAAUUUUCUCAUUUGUGGUUCCAAUAUAUAUUGCUGAAAUAGCUCCAAAAAAUCUACGCGGAGGGCUCACCACUCUCAAUCAGCUCAUGAUUGUUACCGGUUCAUCUAUAUCAUUCUUGUUGGGAACUGUUGUUUCGUGGAGAACGUUAGCUUUAACCGGACUCGUUCCCUGCAUUCUUCUGCUUGUUGGUCUGCUGUUCAUUCCAGAGUCCCCUAGAUGGCUAGCUAAGGUUGGACGUAAAGCAGAAUUCGAAGAUUCUUUACGCAGGCUUCGUGGUGCAAAAGCAAACAUUCUUGCUGAAGCCGAGGAGAUACAUGAGACUAUACUUACUCUUCAAAGUCUUCCUAAAGCUAGAUUAUUGGAUUUAAUCGAUGCCAAAUAUAUAAAGGCAGUUAUCAUUGCUGUUGGAUUAAUGGUAUGCCAACAAUCCGGAGGAAUCAAUGGAAUAGGAUUCUACGCAAGUGAAACCUUUCAGACUGCUGGACUUGCAUCAGGUAAAGCUGGAACCGUUGCUUAUGCCUUGAUUCAGAUUCCUGUAACGAUGCUCGGUGUGGUUUUAAUGGACAAAUCAGGAAGAAGGGCUCUCCUUCUGGUAUCUUCAUCAGGGACAUUUCUUGGCUGUUUUCUUGCUGGAACUUCAUUUUUCUUCAAGGGUCAAGCAAUUUUCCUUGAAUGGGUCCCACUUCUUGCUGUUUCGGGUGUUCUAAUAUUCAUAGCAUCGUUUUCAAUCGGGAUGGGCGCUGUACCUUGGUUGAUCAUGUCUGAGAUAUUCCCAUUGCACAUAAAAGGUGCGGCAGGGAGCGUAGCCGUGCUAGUAAAUUGGUUUGGCGCGUGGGUGGUUUCAUACAGUUUUAACUUUCUCAUUAACUGGAGUCCUGCUGGUACAUUUUGGUUGUUUUCGGGAUUCUGUGUUCUCACAGUUAUCUUUGUAGCGAAAUUAGUACCCGAGACGAAAGGAAAAAGCUUAGAAGAAAUUCAGCUGUAUAUCAACAAGUAAUGCACAAAUGCUCGUAUUUGUUGUAUCGAAAAAGAAGUUACAGUAGUCGUAGGUAAAAUGUUAAUAAUUGUAACAUCGAAUUGGCGAUUAUAGUUAAUGCGCUAGUUUUUUUAAGUUUGUCUAGUUGAGUUAGUAAACUAUUUCAUUAUUCAUUUUUAUAUAUAAAUUUGAUUCGUAUUUUUGCA